AUGGAGUGCAGUAAGCAAAUCUCACGGAUUACCUUAUCCGGAGAAUUAUUGUUCGGUCCACACAUCCAAGCGAAUGGAAUGAGGCAAUUGUUCCCUUGUUGGGAUGAACCGCACUUCAAGGCCACGUUUAAUAUUUCAAUAAUACAUCCUCGCUAUUAUUCGGCUUUAUCAAAUAUGCCGACAAAGUCAGUGACCUAUGAAAGUAAUAGUGAUUCAUUACGCACCAACUUCCAUAUUACUCCUCCAAUGUCUACUUUACAAAUUGCGAUAGUUGUGACUGAUUAUUAUGACCUUAAAAUUAACGAAAACGUUACUUUGUGGUGCGGCUGUUAUUCAGUAGAGCAUUCUCCCCGAUUGGAGUUUACACGAAGAAUCAUAAAUGAUAUCACAUCGCACUUCAAAUCUGAAUUCAGUGGGAUAAAUAUUCCAAAAAUGGAUCAUGUUGCAAUUCCAAAUUUUCCACAAGACGGCACAUCGAAAUGGGGGCUCAUCUUUCAUACAGAAGCCAAUCUCAUAUGUGAUGAACAAUCAGAUUCAAUUAUGCACCAAAUAGAAGUCGCACGUUUAAUAGCAUCCAAAAUAGCAUAUCAAUGGUUUAGUAACGUAUUCAGUUAUAAUUGGUGGACUCAAUUCUGGUUACACGACGGUCUUGCUACUUUGUUUGGAGAAGAAACCAUCGUUAAGAUCUUUAAUGAUUCUACAAUCAUGGAUUUCCUCAUAGUGCAGAAUCAAUACGAAUCUCUUCAUUUGGGUUCUUACUUUGACAUGAAUCCUCAAAUCACCAACCUGUUGGAAAUUGAUUCACUUUUCAGUUUUCCUCGUUAUUUAAAAGCACUAAUUGCUUUACGCAUGCUCCAAAGUGCAAUUACCGAUAAAGUGUUUCGAAAGAAUGUUCGUACAUAUGUAAACAGAUAUACUUUUAGCGCAAUGGUUUCUUUUGAUUUCUGGUCCAUGCAAGAACCUGUAGAAGCAUUUAAAUGUUAUAUACCAUCAAAUAAGUUCUUAACUUGGAUAACGUACAGGCAUUAUCAAAUUGUAACCUUCGAGCAAGCAGAAGCUGAUUCUUACACGGGAAGAUUGUCGCAGAAGUAUAAUCCAAUCGGUCAGGGAAGAUGGUGGAUACUUAUAAAUUUAAAAAAUUAUAAAUUACGGAUCGCAGAAACAUUCAUGGAAAAUUUGACAACAUGUUUAACACCAGAUUCACCGUCUGUUACUUUAUAUGUACAACAAAUUGAUUGGGCAUAUGAUUGUAUAGUCAACAUACAGCGAGCAGGAUAUUAUCGUGUCAAAUAUAAUUUAAAAGGCUGGAACGCAAUUGCAAAUUAUUUAAAUUCAACAGCUGGAGAAUAUGAAGGAAUUAGUGUCAUCAAUCGUGCUAAAAUCAUUGAUGAUGCGUUUCAUUUGAUGAUGGAACAUCAGCUCGACGUAUCUAUAUUUUGGAACCUCACGCAAUUCUUAUCACAAGAGACAAAUUAUGUAGUAUGGUAUCCAAUGAUUAAAGUGUUCGAAUAUAUGUCCACUAUAUUUCCGUUUUCAAAAGACGAAAUUAAGUUCAUCGACGAUAUUAAGGCAAAAUUUAGAGAAUUAUUGGAUAAGCCAUUAUGGACGAUACUAAUUAAAAAACACCUAAAGGAAAAUGACUUUACUGAAUCUUUCAAACAAGAAAUAUUAAAAUGGUCAUGUACGCUCAAACAUUAUCAGUGCGCAAGGUUGGCCGAAGAUACGUUAGGAGAUCAUCUUCAGAAUCCUGAAAUAGAACCGUAA